GUUCCACAGUGGCAGUCCCUCAGGGUGGCAAUGCCCAGAAAGGGCAAUAGUUAGGCUACGGGUUACUUGGAACACUGUACUCUCUAAGAGGUUCACAAGACAGGGUUUGUUUGGGGGAGGAUAGAGCAUGUGUCCUUCCUUCGUGCCUUCCUUCGUUCUUCCACCUUUUCUUUCUUAAAAUUAUGUGCAUAUGUAUGAGACUCCAUGUGGGUUUGUGCACACCUGAGUGCAGAUGCCUGCAGAGUCCACAAGAGGGCGUUAGAUCUCCGGUACCUGGAGUUAUAGGUGUUGCUGAGCUGCCUGACACCGGUGCUGGGAAUCAAACUUGGGUCCUCUGGAAGAGCAGCAGGCCUUCUUUACCGCUGAAUCAUCUCUUCAGCCCAUAACUACUACUCCCAUCCCUCUGUCAAAACAUCCACCAAAAACAAGGGUUUAUUUUGCCUCACCAUUUGCAGAUGCUUGCGUGGGAGACGUCAUGGUGGCCAGAGUUUGAGGCAGCUGGUAGCAUUGUAUCUGCUGUAAGAGCUGGAUGGUAGCCCUCAGUGUACCCUCUCUUUCUGUUUAGUCCACGACCCCAACUAAUGGGAUGUCGUGGCUCUGUUCAUACGAAGACUCAUCGUCAGGAUGGGUCUUCUGUGUUCAGGUCAACUUUUCUGGGAAAUGGAUAGAUACAGAGGGAUGCUUGCCAAUUGACAGUGCAGGGUAUCCAUCCCAGAGCGGGACCUGGGUGAGAGGGAAGAGCUAAUGGUCUAAUGCAGGGAUGAGUCAAUUUCAAGAAUGUUUUAGGCAGGCCACCCGUAGGGCACCCUUGAAUCAAGGCCAUUGUCCGAGAAGUCACACGGAGCCUGAGAAUGGUCCUACAUCAGUCUUCAGUUGUGUAUAGUCACCAUCUGGGACCUGCAGGGUUCUUGGAGGGACCCUCGCUGCAGCAACCAGAUUUUCCACCACUGCUCCUUGCAGCAGGAGUGCGAAACACUGGUUUUUCCUCUUCUAAUGCAACAGGCUGGAGGUGCGGACCUAGCACUCUCUGCUCACCUCCCCUGCAGAUAUUCAUCCAUUUGCUAGCUGAGCCCCUACUGGGUGUCUGGCACUGUGCCAGGCCUGAGGAGCUGAUGGUAAGACUUCUUGAGCCAUGGAUUCAUCUAAUGCUUCUCAACCGGGUCAAAUUUGUCUCCCUCUAUAUGUUGGAUGGUGCCUGAAGACAAUUUCGAAAGUGAAGAUUGUUGUAGCGAGUGGGCAUUGCUACCAGAAGCCAGUAAGUAAAGGCCAGGGAUGCUACAAUGCUCCGAACUCCUAACAGAAGACUAUCUGUCUAAAAUAUGAGAGGCACCACCACUGAGAAAUCUUGGUUCCUAUUGGACGGUGAGGAGGGGACACCUUAGCAAAAUCUAUUUGUUCCUCUUCCUAAUAUGACCAUAUCGAACAAGUCUCCUUUUUUAAAAUCAUUUUUUUCACCAGAAAAGGGAAAGAAAAACAAAUGACCAAACAAACAAACAAACAACUUGGGAGUUUGAGCCAUAUACCCUUGACUUUGGUUUCUGCCAGCCCUGAGGUAUUGUCCCACUGGUUCCUCCAGGGAUUGUGGUCAGAGACUCAGGAUUAAAUGCUGAAUAAAACAGCUCUUGACCUCACAUGGAAAGUCCUUGAAGGAGAACGUCUAGUGGAUUACUAAACCACUCAUUACGUGGCUCUCUUUUAGCCCUCAAGUGCAUCCGAAUUCAAUUAGCAGUUAAGAGCCCCUGACCUGCUUUCAGUCUCUGACAGCUUAUCAUAUGCGAGACAUAAAGAGUGGGGCUGCUCAAAUCUUUCUGUAUGUGCACUUCUAAAAAUGAGUAUUGGGCAGGCGUGUGAGCGAAGCUUGACCUUGCCAACCCCGGCAGGGCAACGGGUAAUGCCUCAUCGCUUCAGGGAACCUGCUCAUCUUAGAUUCCACAAAAUCUCUACUACCAGACCCACAAGACAGUCACCCCUCAUCAUCUGUCACUGAAAUCGUGAAGUGGAAGAUGUGGUGCUGGUUUACUUGAUGCCUUGAUUUGCAGAACCACCUUAAAGUAGGAUCGUGAGGCUAAUCCAGACCCAUAGUCUACCAUCAACCCGUGUGUCUAGAAACAAGGGGACUCUCAAGUUUGGAUUUCGGUAUCUACGCUCAAAGGGCAAUACUUCUAAGCCUUUGCAAUCCUGAAGAGAACUAAGCCAUUCUGGAUCCCCAGAACUAACCACAGAGGGCUCUGGAAUCCACUGGUUGUACCAGUUAUAGACCAGUCAAAAGUUCGGUAGGUAGGAAAAGUUCAGAACCUCAGAAGGUAGGAAGUGGUUCACAUCUGCAGAGUUUCCAUCUCACACAUGAGCUAGCUGCCCAAAGACAGGAGGGUCCAGGGCAAAUAGAGUCAAAGGACGAGAAGACACUCAGUUUGUGUCACGUUGGUAAAACACUAAGCAACAUAGCUGGUUUUUCACUAGCUUGAGUUGCAUAAAACUCGACAGAUGACAAACCCUGAGAGAGGUUCUGAGUUUAACCCCAGGAGCGAGCCUGCUCUCCUUGCUCUGUACUCAGCUUGGGAACUGGGUCCCUGAGGGAACAUAGGGUUCGACCUCUUUUCUGAUGGGGACCUUACUUCACUUUGCUCAUCUAUGAGUUGUGUUGUGUCUGGGACUGCUUGGAAGCAUUUAAAUGGUCUCCUCAGCAGACUUAAGAGAGGGUGGAGCACCUCUUUCUCAGUAGAUGAGUUUGCGAGUGACUUCCAGACCUCCAUCUUGGCUAGGCCUGCCCAUUAGGGGACAAGUGGACGGUACCUCUGGUGUGUUCUUGCUUUUCAGUUUACAGCAGAACAGGGGGGCAGAGUUUGAGCUCAGCAGCUAAUUCCACUCGCCAGAGCCUCAGAGAAAUACUUGUUUUCCUGCCGUUGACAGCACGUUUCUCCAGGGACCCCCCCAAAGCAACUGCCCCUUUGCCCUCUUGGCAUCCGACCUUCGGAUGGCCCGUAGAAAUCUCUGAAUUCCUUAACCUGAAUGGAUGAUGUGCUUGUUUGCUAGAAAUAAGGAGUGUGGUGGUCAUAUUUUGGGGUCUCUGGGUGCUGGAUUGAUUAUCUGCGGAGGGUGUGUGAGGGGACUGGGGAUCCUUCAAUACUUCUGACUCAGAGGCCCAGCCUGCCAUGGUGGGUGUCUGUCUUCACAGUUCACCAGAAGAGGGAGUCUCAGGCUCACAGAUCCUCUAAGAGAGGCUGGGAAGUCUCCAGAAGAAAGGAAACUUCCUCCAUGUUUGCCAAAGAGUGUCCCAGCCUUGGAGAGACGGGUAUGGACUGAAGUCCAACAGAGUCUCAUUCAUGUUUGACUUUCCAGCCUGAGGGCUUCAUGAGCUCUUCUGUUGAGAAGGGAAGCUGAGGAACUGGGAGGGCCAGGUCAGCCAGGCCAGCAUAGGGCCACAAGAGUUGCUUUUCAGCUUCUCAGCUGAUGGGAGGGAGCAGGGAGCACUAGUCUAUUCUGUUCUUGGGGAGGCGAAUCCAGAGCCCCGGCCAAGCCCCUGCAUAAGGAAGUUUAUGCACACAGGCUCUCGGGCCAUGUGUACAUAUCUCAUCUAGCUGCAUGAAUGGAGUAUCAGUGUGUCACAAGUGUGGGAGUGUGCCUGUGAACCUGGCUGGUACUGGCCUCAGUAGGGACGCUGUGCAGAGCCCAGUGCAAAAAUGAAGGAUUCAUAUGACUCUAGAGAGACCAGAGAACCCAGAAGACAACUGUAACUCAGUGGUAAAGCUGGGCCCUAGAUGCCCUUGGCGAGCAGGAGCCAGAGAGCCUAAGAAUCUCACCAAUGACACGGGAGCUGAGGUAGCUGAUGUGACCCUGUCAUUAUUGUGGUCCAGCCCCAGGCAGAUAGCAGCAGUUGUCUACACAGAAUGCGUAGGAAAGAAAAGCUGUCAGUAGUCCAUCUACUGACUUCUAUCCCCCCAACCCUAUCUGUAAGUAGUUAUCAAGCAGGUUUGUCCUACAGGACGUGGUCUCCAGGAGUUAGGAAGUUGGCCACCCGCAAAUUGUAGAUUCAUUGAAAGAACUCCUUGUGAAUUCCCAUGCACGUGCAUUUAUUCCUGGCUCUAGUGUGGGACAAUAACAUCACCGCCCUUAUGCUGCAGAUGUGACCUCACCACCCAUCAGUAAUAGAAAUCCUCCCAUUUCACAACUGCCUGCAACUCCAGCUCCAGGGGAUCCAGCACCCUCUUCAGGCUUUUGAGGGUACUGUGCAUGCACGCACACACGCAUGCACGUACUCGUAAGUGAGGCAUGGUGGUCUGGCAGAAAAGCUGGGCAGAAAGAAGUUAAAACUUACAUACAAGACUUGGGUCACACCGUGCUUUGCACCGUCCUCUGGCCGUCGCUCGCAGUCUCUCCGCCACCAUGCCUAAGUUCAUCGUGAACACCAAUAUUCCCCGCGCCUCCGUGCCAGAGGGAUUUCUCUCCGAGUUCACCAAGCAGCGGGCGCAGGCCACCCGCAAGCCGGCGCAGGCCACCCGCAAGCCGGCACAGUACAUCGCAGUGCACGUGGUCCCGGACCAGCUCAUGACUUUUAGCGGCACGAGCAACCCCUGCGCCCUCCGCAGCCUGCACAGCAUCGGCAAGAUCGGUGGCGCCCAGAAUCGCAACUACAGCAAGCUGCUGUGCGGCCUGCUGUCCGAUCACCUGCACAUCAGCCCGGACCGGGUCUACAUCAACUAUUACGACGUGAACGCAGCCAACAUAGGUUGGAACGGUUCCACCUUCGCUUGAGCCCGGACCUCACUUACCUGCACCUCUGUUCUUCGAGCCUUGCAGCACGCAGCGUUCUGUGUUUAUCCACCCGUAAUGAUGGCCACCUUCUGGUCGGGAGAAAUAAAUGGUUUGAGACAAACAAACAAACACUUACAUACAAAAGAAGCAAGAUUGGAAACUCUUUUCCCACCCAGAGCACGAGCAGAUAUAACUGGAAUACUAUACAAAUGUCCCAUAAAGGUCACAGUUGGAGGUGGGAGUGUUGUUGAGCUUCCAACACUCUCUUUCAGCUUUAAUCUUUCUCCUUCUUUGGAAGCACUCCUCGUCAUACUAAAUUGCACUGAGUUUUAUCAUUCUCUGUGGAUCCUUGUCUAAUCAUCCCAGGGAACAAGACCUGAAGAAUCCCAGGGGGCUCCAACCAUACCUCCCCAAUCUUACCUCCAACUGUGAGUCAUGCCUGUGGUGCUAGCACUUGGGAAACUGAGACAGAAGAGUUGGCCCGAAUUUGAAGCCAGCCUGGGCUACAUAGCAAGUUCCAAGCCAGUCAGGGGUACGUGGCAAGACAUUAUUUUUCAAAAUAAAACUUCCUAAAGGGAGUGAUUGUACUAAACCACGAGUCAAGCUAGAUUAGGGUGGGUCAUCAGAGCAAGGCCUGGAACCUUAUUGGGAGGGAAGAAGUCAGACCCACAGUGGCCAGAGGCUGUGGGACAAUGGACACUUUGAUUUCUCCCGUCUUCCACAGUAACUUCCUGUUGUUUUACGCCACCUCUUCCGUGGGGCUUCAUUAGGGUGGCCCUGGGAAAUGAACGCCACAUUCACGUGGCAUUGACAUCAUCCUCCCGAAGGCAAAGGCUGAGUUGUUCCAAAGUUUUCGUGGAAACCAACCACUUGGCAACAAACAUCUCUGUUCCUGCUUCCGUGUCUCCCCAGGAUAGAAACUAAAAGGAGGGAUCGGAAUAUCUGUGUUACAAAAGAACUGCCUAUUUCAAUCAACCCACCCCGCAAGGAACUGCCUCUUUGGAAAUCUAUACUAAUCAACAUUCUCUCAAUGAUGGAUACUUGUUAUCUUACAUUUUGGCCAGAACUGUCACUAGCCCAUUGAUAAUGUGCCAGCAUCUACUGUAGCAUGCAGACAUCUAACGUUCGGCGUGUCCCUCUAGAUGCCAUCAAAGCUUGGGUCUGGUCCCUCUGUCAAAUUCUAGCCCUAGGAGGACAUGGUGAGUGGAGAUGACCAGAGAAACUUCUGGCUACGUAACUCCAUGCCCAUCCCCUAGAUCCUUUAGUUUCAUUUUGUUACGGUGCCAAAAUACUCUAAAAACAAAAACAAAAACUUGGAGAGGAGAGGGUUUAUUUGGGUUUGCAAUCCUAGUAAGAGAGCCCAACCAUGGAGUGAGAGACAUGAUGACAGGCAGGCAAGGUAUGGCGGCAGAAACCGGAAGCUAGCUGACUCCAUUCUAUUCCCUCAUAGGGAAACAGCCCACCCCUAGUGACGUACUUCCUCCAGCAAGGCUCCACCCCCUUACGCUUAUAUAACCUUCUUACUCAGCGCGCGGCCAGUUGGAGACCACAGGUUAAAUGUAUGAGUCUAUGGGGGACAUUUUACACUCAGAGCACAAGAGCAUCAGUGCCCACGGAGGUGACCCAGCCUCAGCAGGGCUCUGGCUGUGGGUUUGUUGUUGUCAUCACCCGUCCCAGCACAGUCAGUAAGAGACCUUUCAUUAUGCCAUCGGUUACGUUGUCUGUCUCCCAGAGGGUUGCGUCUUUGAGGUUAGACACUAUGAAGACCCCAUGUUCACAGAGGAGCCUGUGUUUGAGGAGAGGGAGGUGGAGCUCUAUCAGUCUCUUUAUUCGGGAUCUGCCUCUGAGGCUGCUGGUGCCCUUGUGUCUUCCCUAGGAACGGUGUAUCUCUGGAGACAUAAAUGAGAUACCCCUCCCCUAUCCAGUCAGACCUCAGAUGUCAGCCACAAGGUGAGCUGGCCUGCCCUCAGAAAAUGCUUCAGAUGCCUGGGGCCCACCCUGUCCCUUGUUGUGGGGAGUCCCACCUGGAGAGGCUGGCUCUAGGGCUGCUGAGAUUGAAGAGACCGUUCUGUUGGUGACUGCUUAAAAUUCACGUUGCCAUAGCAGCAUGGCAUUAGGCCAUGGUGAUCUUGUCUUGCAAAGCUUUGAUCUCAGGAAAGACAGGGUUUCCUUUGCUCUUUGGCUGGUUCUAAGGGGACACUGCCUUGGGACCAAGCUUUGCCUUUGCUCCAGGGCGGGAGGAUGAUCCCAGAAGCAGAAAGCUGAGGACAGAGGAGACCUCAGAAGUAGCCUCCACUCUGAGAUUCUAAUCUGAAGGAGUCAGCUCAAAACCCUUGAGGGCAAGCGAUCAGGGUUGAAGGAAGAGGGGUCAGAUGGCUCUGUAAUGAGGGGAUGUGCGCACACACUGAUGAGAGGCAAGCUCAGAGGAGGUGUCUGUGUGGGUUGUGAGGAGAAGAGCUAAAGAAGAGAGAGGUUUAUAAAUACAUGUGGGUUAGCUCAGUGAGUCUUGGCAUCACUAAUCAUCCAGCCCUGGGUGGAGAGACAGCUCAGUCAUAAAGUUCAGAGUCCCAGUACCAAGGAAAAAAGCUGGAUGGGAUGGUGGCAUCUGCAACACAGACUCUGGGGAAGCAGAGACAGGCUCCAGACCAUGCUGGCCAGACAGUCUGGAAGAAUCAGGGGAUUAGGUGUUGAAUGAGAGGUGAAGUCCGGAGAGAUUGAGGAAGACAGCUAGUGUCAGCCUCUGGUCUCCACAUGAAUGAACAUCUGCACACAUGAAUAUACACGUCACACACAUGCACACAGGCAUACACACAUUGACACGCAUGCACACACAGACUUACAUGCACACACAGACAGACACACACAUACACACAAGCACACAGACACACAUAUACACACACAUGCACACACAGAAAUACAGACACACACAUGCACACACAGACACGUACAUACAGACACAUACA